AUGGCGACCGCGUCCUCCCACCACAGCUUGAGGGACAGGCAAGUCGCUUCAAUCGAGAAGAUCCUCAAUUUGAACCAGACCUCCGAGCAGAACGCCGACGAGCACCACGACCCCAAUGCGAACGGCCUGUUGCCAAAGUCUACCCCGAUCCUGGACGCCAACGGCCAGCCGAUAUGGAAGGUGCUGGUGUUCGACAACUUGGGCAGAGAUGUCAUCAGCAGCGUCCUGCGUGUGAACGACCUGCGAAGCUGGGGAGUUACGAUACACCUCAACAUUAACACGACGCGCCAUUCGAUUCCGGACGUCCCUGUCAUCUAUCUUGUGGAGCCGACUGCCCAGAACCUCGAGAUCAUUACCUCCGAUCUUGCGCGAGGCCUGUAUUCUCCAGCAUACGUCAACUUCCUCUCCUCGAUACCCCGACCCUUGCUGGAAGACUUUGCGGCAAAGACGGCCGAACAUGGAACAGCAGAGCAUCUUUCACAAAUCUUCGACCAGUACCUCAACUUCAUCGUCAGCGAACCCGACCUCUUCAGCUUAGGCAUGGGCAAGGAGACAUACUGGACACUGAACAGCGCGCAAGUGGCGGAUGAGGUUCUGGACGCUGCUGUUGAUCGCAUUGUGAGCGGGCUCUUCAGCGUGGUGGUCACUACGGGCACGAUCCCUAUCAUCCGCUGCCCGAAGGGCGGGGCUGCGGAGAUGAUCUCCGCCAAAUUGGAUCGCAAGCUUCGGGACCACAUUCUGAAUUCCAAGGAUAACUUGUUUUCCGGUACAAGUCAAAAGAUCUCCGCAACUGGCACCGCUCCUUCCUCGAGACCCGUUCUUAUUAUUGUGGACCGCAAUGUCGAUCUAAUUCCCAUGCUUUCACAUUCCUGGACUUAUCAAUCCCUCGUCAAUGACGUCCUUAAAAUGCACCUGAACCGUAUUACCGUGGAGCUACCGGCCGACGAGACGAACCCAGCCAAGGGCGUAACGAAGAAAUCCUACGACUUGAACGCGACGGACUUUUUCUGGUCAAAGAAUGCCGGUGCACCGUUCCCCAACGUCGCCGAGGCCAUUGACACGGAAUUGCAGAAGUACAAACAAGACUCGGACGAGAUUACCAAGAAGACGGGCGCCGCCUCUCUGGAUGACCUUCAGAACGAUGCCAGUGCCUCAGUGAAACAGCUCGGUGCUGCCAUCACGUUGCUGCCGGAACUGAGGGAGAGGAAGUCUCUGCUAGAUAUGCACAUGACUAUCCUGACGGCAUUACUCAAGGCAAUUAAGGAUCGCCAGCUCGAUAACUACUUCCAGCUCGAGGAAAACAUAACGAAACAGACAAAGCAACAGAUUCUAGACAUCAUCAAGGACGAGGAUAAGGGGAACGAACCGUUGGACAAGCUGCGUCUUUUCAUCAUUUGGUUCCUGAGUACAGAGCAGGAGGUAUCCCGGGCCGAUCUGGAUCGCUUCGAUGAAGCAUUACGGGCUACAGGCGCUGACACAUCGUCUCUCGCCUACGUAAAAACCGUCAGAGAGAUUACGCGGAUGACAAUGAUGUCGUCGGCGCCCGCCCAGCCAGCGCAGUCUGCAUCCAGUGAUCUGUUCCGCGGCUUCAGCUCCAUUUCCAACCGGCUUACGGAUCGCUUCAAAGAUGCAGGCUUGGGCUCGAAUUUCGAGAACCUUAUUUCCGGUGUGAAGAACUUCCUUCCUGCGAACAAGGACCUCACUCUCACCAAGAUUACGGAGUCUCUGAUGGAUCCGCAAAACGCGUCUUCGUCUGCGAUCGCAAAGACGGAGAGCUACCUGUAUUUCGAUCCCCGUAGUGCGAACGCACGUGGAACGAUGCCCCCUGCAAGCCAAGCGCGGAACCAGCAGGGUGGACUGAGCGGCGUUGGCCGUGGCAUUGAGGCCAGUUUCGGACAGCGCAGGCAGGGCUUCAGCGAGGCCAUUGUGUUCACUGUAGGCGGCGGCAGCAUGGAGGAAUAUGGAAACUUGCAAGAAUGGGCGCAGAGAACCAGCGGCACCGGCGCGCCAGGCACCGGGCCCAGGCGGCGGGUCGUAUACGGCAGCACGGAGCUUGUGAACGCGGAGGACUUUAUCAACAGCGAGCUGGCCAAGUUGGGUAGAGAAAGCACGUAG